AAUGGCAUCCUCCAGUGGCAGGUGCUCGUUGUCGGCCUCAAAUGUUCUAAACUUUCUUUUUUCGUUGAUUGUCGUAUAUUUCAGCCUCGAUAGUGUUAGUUCUGUUGCAGACGAAAUAACAGAUUUCUUGCUGUGUCGUAAGUGUGGACACGAAAUUGUUCGGGCAGCACACUUAAUCAACAUUCCAAGCAAGAUGGCGCUCAGACAAAGAAAUUCAACUCUUGGGGGUGUUCCAGAAAUUCUUAUUCAACAAUUUAGAAAUCCACAUGAUACUCAUUUUGAAGUUAUAACAACAGGUAAAGCAGAUGUUAUAGAAGAUUUACAGAAAUACAGUGAUGACACAUGGUUCCCUAAUUACAGCUGGUGGAUAACUACAUGUCCACAAUGUGGCCAACACAUGGGCUGGAUAUACAGAAUAAAUUCCGAGGGAACUUCAACAGAUGGCGGACCAGAACUAUUUUACGGCCUUGUGUUAGAUAAUUUACUCGAUCUACAAGAAGCAGAAUCAUUAAUCCAUUUUCCAAAGGCCUAUGGAUUCUGAUUGGGAGUUCUCUGAUGGGAGAUUUGUACCACAGUUCCAAAACUAUGCAAAUACAGAAGAGUCUACAAAUAAAGGACUAGAACGAAUAUUCAUACCCUGCCUACACUGCUCUCCGACAGGGUAUGAAGUCCCUCCCAUUGCCGAUAGUGUAGCAAGCCCCGAUGUAAUUCACAUCGGGCAGUAUAUUAGCUAUGAUAUGAUAAUUUCCUUCGAUAAAAAACACAUGUAAAUUGAUGAUUCUGGUAUCUAUUAUCAAUAUUCAAUCCACCAACCUGCGCAUUACGUCAUUUCUUUCACAAUAAAUGGUAAAAUCAAAAACGAGCAAGACACACGGAGAUAUCAGUUCAAACAUACCACCAUCUUUGAUACAAGUCCUUAUAAGGAAAUAAAAAUAAAUUGAUGCUAAUGAGAUUUCCCGCGAGACAAAGAGAUUUGGAGAUAUAUACCUCAGUGAGCAAUGUCAAGCAUUCUGAAAUUGAAUAAUUACACCAAGUAAGAUGCACUUUCUUCACAACCCUUACAAAACACUGGUUGAAUAUCUCUGAUAAGGUUUAUUUUUCAUCGUAGUAGCUUCAUCCAUAUACAUGUAUGGUCACGCAUACCAUAUCCAGAUUAGCAUCCUCGUGAGAGUUCUUCGAGAAGUAUCAUGGCGGAUUAUGGAGACAAACCUGAGUAGUAUAAUAUUGUAAUGUGCGAAUUAAAGAUUUCCAGAUGUGACGGUAGGCUAAAACAUUGCUUAAAUUGUAUUAUAAAUGUUUAAUUAUACAAAAAUAUUACUCCAAAGUUACAUGACAUCUGCUAUUUGUAGCAUUUUCGAGGUUCAUUGUUUUGCAACGCUAUCGUCAAUGGAAGGGAAUCGUAGCUCUGAUGACGACCAUCUGUCAGAAAUUGUCCAUCCGCCGUCCAGAGCUACGUUAUCGCAGCUAAUAAAGGACAUGUGAUAGUUUGAAUAUAGAUUUUGUUCAUGCAGCAAUGUUAUCUGAAGAUUUUUUUAUUGCAAACUGAAAGGCUGUAUUUAAUUUUAUAUCUUUAUCCAGCACUAUGCCCAUGCCUGAUAAUAAGUCUAUUGAUAAAAAAAAUGCAAUUCACUGCCCAGUUAUAUAACUGAUCCAUCCCCCUACAUUGUGUCAAAGGUGUUGUCCCCCAGGGCAGCAGGGUAAUUAUUGCAACUCUCAAAUGUGAUAGAUGGAUAUUUUUAAGAAAAAUUACUCAUGAAUUAUUAUGUGAAACACAUUUUUAGCUCACCUGGCCUAAAGUGCCAAGUCAGCUUACAACUUAGUGCGUCGUCCAUUAUUAAUCAUCCCUUCAUUGUCAAUUUUUUCAUUCAAAGAAAUUAUCCUCAAUAACUGAUAUUAGACCUGAAGCAUACUGGGGUAAAAAGCUACCAAGUUUGCUCAAAUGAAUGACCUUGACCUACAUUCAAGGUCGCAGGGGUUAAACAUGCUAAAAUCUAUAAGUAGCUUCUCAUUAACCAAGAUACACCUGAUAUUGCGUUUGUGAUAUGCUGGGCUGAAGGAGUUAACUAUGUUAAAAUCUUCAAAUAACUUCUCUUCAAUAACCAGGAGGUUAUGCGUCCUUAUAUAGGGUCUGUAGUAAGCUGGGAUGAAGAGCUGCAUAUUUGUUCAAAUAAAUGACCUUGACUUAUAUCCAGGGUCACAGGGAUCAAAUUUAUUUAAAACCAUUAAUCAAGUUCUGAAACCUCAAAAGGCUUAGUGGUGGCAUUUGGCCAGUGAUAUGCUCAGAUGAACAGUGACCACUUUAGGGUGUUGAUAUUCAAAUAAAUGACAAUGUAUUUUCAAGGUCAUAGAAAAUUAAAGAUGUUUAAAAUCUGUUAACAACUUCUUAACAAUCAAAUCACCUCGGUGUGUUCCAAAGAAAAAUUUUGUAGGCCAGUGACUUCAUUCAUUCAGUAUAAUGUUUACUACUCAAUAUGAUAAUAUGUCAUCAAAGUAUUGUUCUGUAUGUACGUGAAAAGCUGACUUCUCUAAGCAAGGUGUUUAUGUCAGCUCAUCCCGAAGGUGAUGUUCGGCCGUGUGUGACUACAAUCUACAUAGUCUACACCUGGUCAAGCUUAUAUACAGACAUUUACGUACCUGCAUUCGCUUGAUCGUAGACUACUCUUGCCAUUGUCGGCAUACUAUACUUGUUUGUAUAUUGUAUUCAAUCAUCUUUAAGGUAUA